UUUCUUCAUCGCCCAGCUGUCGCUACUGGUUCUUCUUCACUGCUACGGCUUCUUCUUCUUCUUCUGUGCCGCUGCUGCUGCAGAUCAAAUCUGUUACCUCUCACCCCUCUCUCAGCCAUAUUGACACCGCUACUGCUGCUCUGCUUCUUCUUCACAGCCACCACUAUUGCUGCUCUGCUUUUUCUUCACCGCCCAGCUGUCGCUACUGGUUCUUCUUCACUGCUACGGCUUCUUCUUCUUCUUCUUUGCCGCUGCUGCUGCAGGGAGCACGGUGCCGAUCUGAAACUCCAAUCCAAGCACAGCGAGAAAAACUCCGAUCCAAGCACGGCGAGAAGAACGCCAAUCCAAGCACGCUAAUCCAAGCACUCCAAUACAAGCACGACGAUCUGAAACUCCGAUCUAAGCACACCGAUCUACCACAAGCGCCGAUCCAUUCUCUCUGUCUCUAUUGGUUCACAAUGACUGUAAUUGAUAUAAUCCUAUACUACGGUAGUCCGCUUAGCAAUGCCAAUGCGAACAAGGGAUUGCCUUUUGAAGGGCCGGGUAUAAAGUGCUAUUAUACUCAAAUUGAUCAUAGGUUGAAGACCCUUAAUGAUUUAAAGAUGAUAGUUAUGGAAGAAUUGUGUCUGAACCCUGCUUUACACGACAUACAAAUGAUUUUUCGUUCUCCACAUGAAGUCCUUAAGCAUCAGAUUAAUUACAAGUAUAUGGCAAUAGAAGCGGACAAACAUGUGAAGAUCAUGUUUGACAAGAUGGAGAGGAUAGCCCAAGUAAGUGCUAUUGAGUUGUACAUAAAGUUGGAGUUGCAUGCAGAAGUUGGCGCUGAGGAAAUCCAACAAACAACCACAAGUUUACAAGUUACAGUUCUAGAUGCUCAAUAUGAAUCUUUUACACAUGUAGAGGAUGAUGAUGAUGACGAAGACUAUGUUGAUGAUAUUGCCAUUAAUGGUGAAGAUUUUGUCAAUAGAGAUGAGUAUGAAGAGGGGAUUGAUCGAGGCGACUUUGAGAUAAACAUUGAUAACCAUGAAAUUGCUACCGAUGUUCAUGCUGAUCAUAUAUUUGACUGUGGUGAAACUAAUGCAAACAAUGCUAUUAGUGUCCAGAACAUUAUGAACACAAUCCCUACGUACACACUUCCUGCCUUGUCAUUCUCUGCAAAUACUAGGGCAAACAUGGAACAAAGAACAAUUGUACAGAUCCCAUCAAUGGCUUCCUUGAAUAAUGAAGGAGCCAGCCCUUCUUCUUCCACUCGCCGAUGGGAGUAUGCUGUCUACUUGAGCUUUAGAGGUAAAGAUACCCGCGAAGGUUUUACCAGCCACUUAUAUAAGGCUUUGUGCAACAAAGGCAUUAACACCUUCAUUGACGAUAUUGAUCUUUCGAGGGGAGAAGAAAUUUCGAAAAAGCUUAUCCAAGCCAUAAAAAAUUCAUCGAUUUUGGUUAUUGUCUUCUCUGAAAACUACGCAGAGUCUAAAUGGUGCUUGGAUGAGCUCGCUGAAAUUGUUGAGUGUAGAGAAAAGGACAAGGAGAUUCAAAUUUGUCCAAUUUUUUACAAUGUUGAUCCAUCAGAAAUACGAAAUCAAUAUGGAAACUUUGGAAUUGCACUAGCUAAUCAUGAAAAGAAGUUCAAGAAUAACGAGGGCAAGGUGCAAAGGUGGAGGGAUGCUCUAAGAAAAGCAGUUAAUGCAUCUGGAUGGCAUUAUAAGAAAGGCAGCGCUACAUAUAAAUCUGAAUCUCACUUCAUCCAAAACAUUGUUGAAGAGAUAUCAAAUGCUAAAUUAAAUUGGACGCCGUUAUAUGUUGCUAAAUACCCAAUUGGAAUAAAUUCUCGUGCAGAGGCCAUCGAGUCACUUUUAGAUAUUGGGUUAGAUGAAUUUUGUGUGGUAGGGAUGUAUGGCCUUCCUGGAGUAGGAAAGACUACAAUCGCAAAAGUUGUUUAUAAUAAAAUUGCUAAACAUUUUGAUGGAAGCAGCUUUUUAGAGAAUGUUAAAGAAAAUUUAGGUACAAAUGCUGGCAUAAUCAAACUACAAAAGCAACUUCUUAAUGACAUCUUAAGGGAUGGAAAAUGGAAAGUGGGCAACAGUUCUAAAGGAAUCACUUUGAUAGAGGAGACACUUUGCUAUAAAAAGGUUUUUUUAACUCUUGAUGAUGUUGAUGAUUCAACACCAAUAGAAAAUUUGCUAGGAAAAUGUGAUUGGUUUGCUCCUGGAAGUAGAGUCAUUAUAACAUUAAGAGAUAGACACUUGUUAACUGCCCUUAAACAAAAAUUUUGUACAACUUACAAGGUCAAGGAAUUCGAGGUCAAGCAAUUAAACAAACGUGAUGCUCUUCAACUCUUUAAUGAGCAUGCCUUUCUUGGAAACAAACCUCAUGAUGAAGAUUAUUCUAAACUUGCAACUAAAUUCAUAGAUUUUUCCAAUGGUCUUCCACUAGCUCUAAAAAUAAUAGCUCGUGAUUUGUGUGGAAGAGCUAAAAAAGAAUGGGAAAGUGCAUUAGAUUUGUAUAACAAAAUUCCAAACAAAGACAUUCAAAAAAUGCUUAGAGUAAGUUAUGAUGGAUUGGAAGACACCGAGAAAGAUAUUUUUCUCGAUAUUGCAUGUUUCUUCAAAGGAUGGGACAAAGAUUAUGUUGUAAAGAUAUUAAAUGCUUGUAAAUUACAUCCAGGUUCUGGUAUUCCAAGACUUCUUAAUAAGUGUCUCAUAACUGUUGAUAUAUUUGGUAGAUUGUCAAUGCAUAACUUGAUACAACAAAUGGGUAGGGAAGUUGUUCGAGAACAAGCACCAAACAUCCUUAGAAAACGUAGCAGGUUAUAUUGUUACGAGGAUUCGCUUGAAGUACUAAAAGGAAAUAAGGGAUCAAAAAAAAUUCGUGGCAUAAUGUUGCAUUCGCCCCAACUAGUAAAAGUGCAACUACACACGGAAGCUUUCAAAAAGAUGGAAAAUCUCAAAUUCCUAAUAGUUGAGAAUGUACAUAUUUGUAAACCACUUGAAUUUCUUCCCAACAAGUUAAUACUUCUUAAGUGGCCCAAUUAUCCUUUUCACUGGCCAUCCGAAUAUUUUCCUGAACAACUUGUUGCUAUUGAGAUGCCACAUAGUCACAUUAGAUUGCCAAAACUAAUCAAACAGGAGUGUCAUAUAGAAAAUUUGAUAGAUGUCAAUCUCAGAGAAAUCUUCAAAUUCUUCCAAGCCAGCUCAGGUUGAAAUCUCUUGAUUUUUUUACUCUUUCUGGCUGCUCAAGGCUUGAGAAGCUCCCUAAUUUUCAUCCAGAAAUGGAAUGUUUAAAGACU